UACUCCUGCAUAGCUCCGCAGGUCGUCAGACAGUGAAGCUGCUUCUGUUCUGUCCGUCCUAGAGAUACAGAAAAGUUGUUAAAGCUUAUACCUUUAAAGUAAUACCAUUCAUCAUUAUAUCCAGACAGUGUGUUAAAGUUGUGUUUUUUAAUUGAAAUUUAAAUUUAAAAAAAAAAGUGCUACUGCAUUCGAAUACAGAAAGCUUGAUUGGGGCUGUUAAUUGAAAAACAAAAAGGAGAAAAUGUCGAUCAAUCCAAAUAACUAUAAACUGUCUGACAGAACUGGGAGGCUUACAGCUUACGACCUGCUGCCUACAACAGUCACUGCUGGUUCAGAGACCCGAGAAUUUCUUCUCAAAGUUAUCGAUGUUCUUCUCGAUUUCGUGAAGAGUACCAACGAUCGAAAUGAAAAAGUUUUGGAUUUCCAUCAUCCAGAAGACAUGAAACGUCUCCUGGAUUUGGAAAUUCCCGAUCGGGCUGUUACUCUUCAACAACUCAUCGAGGAUUGUGCUACCACGUUGAAGUAUCAAGUCAAGACCGGACAUCCACAUUUCUUCAAUCAACUGUCGUGCGGAUUGGAUUUGGUUUCAAUGGCUGGAGAAUGGCUGACUGCGACAGCUAAUACGAAUAUGUUUACUUAUGAAAUUGCUCCAGUGUUCAUUUUGAUGGAGAAUGUUGUCUUGACCAAGAUGCGUGAGAUCAUCGGCUGGACUGGUGGUGAUUCGAUUUUGGCUCCAGGCGGAUCAAUUUCAAAUUUGUAUGCUUUCUUGGCUGCUCGACACAAGAUGUUCCCAGGCUACAAAGAGCGUGGAGCUAGUGCUUUGCCUGGACAACUUGUCAUGUUCACAUCAGACCAAUGCCAUUAUUCUAUUAAAUCGUGUUCGUCAGUUUGCGGUCUUGGUACAGAUAACUGCGUUAUGGUGCCAUCAGAUGAAAAUGGACGCAUGAUUACCAAAGAACUGGAGCGACUUAUUGUUGAGCGAAAACAAAAGGGACAUGUUCCAUUCUUUGUUAAUGCCACAGCUGGAACAACAGUAUUGGGAGCUUUUGAUCCUUUGAAUGAAGUUGCUGACAUUUGCCAGCGUCACAAUUGCUGGAUGCAUGUUGAUGCUGCUUGGGGUGGUGGCUUACUUUUAUCACGCAAAUAUCGUCACCCAAGAUUGUCAGGAGUUGAAAGAGCCGAUUCGGUUACAUGGAAUCCACACAAGCUGAUGGGUGCCCUUCUCCAGUGUUCAACUAUCCACUUCAAGGAAGAUGGUCUUUUAAUCAGCUGCAAUCAAAUGUCUGCUGAAUACUUGUUCAUGACUGACAAACAAUAUGACAUCAGCUAUGACACAGGUGACAAAGUGAUACAAUGCGGACGUCACAAUGACAUCUUCAAGCUGUGGCUGCAAUGGCGUUCAAAGGGUACCGAAGGUUUCGAAAGACAACAGGAUCGUCUUAUGGAUUUGACAAAGUAUCAAGUGAAGCGCAUUCAUGAGCAAUCAGAUCGCUUCCAUUUGAUCAUGGAGCCAGAGUGUGUUAAUGUUUCGUUUUGGUAUGUCCCAAAACGAUUGAGGGGAGUUCCACAUGACAGCAAAAAGGAACAGGAGCUUGCAAAGAUUUGCCCAAUUAUCAAGGGACGAAUGAUGCAAAAGGGCAGUCUCAUGGUUGGCUACCAGCCAGAUGAUCGUCGACCAAAUUUCUUCCGGUCAAUUAUUUCAUCAUCAGCUGUUACCGAACAAGAUGUUGAUUUCAUGUUAGAUGAAAUCCAUCGUCUUGGCGAUGACUUGUAAAUUAAUUAAAUAAUUUAGUUCAUCAAAAUAAAUACAAAAAAUAAGAAUACAAACAAAAAUAUAGCAUUGAAUAUGUUUAGUGUAAAUUAAUAGAAAAAUCAACCAAAAAAAAAUAAAACAAACUGUUAAAAUAAUUAAAUGUUUUAAAAAUAGAAGAAACAAAAAAUAUUAUUAUUAUUAUAAUUAAAUUAUUAUCGAAAUUCAAAACCACAACCAAGGAGUAUCUUUAAGGUAAAGGCAUAUCAUAAUAAUCCAACCAUAUUGUUGCUUAUUCAUUAAAAUGAAAACUAAAUAAAAUAUUUUUAUGUUUUUGUUAAGUUGUUCAAUGAAAUAAUAUAUUAUUAUCAUUAUUAUAAAAUACACAAACAAAAAAUUAUAUAUAAAUAUAUGUUGGAAGAAAAUAUAGUUAAAGAAAAAAACCGUAUAAAUGAAAAAUUGCAUUUAUUUACUCAUACAAAUCAUAUAUAUAUAUAUUUAUCUUAAACAAAUACCAAAAAAAAACUAUUAUUAUUAUUAUUAUAAAUGUAAAUGUAUUUUGAAUUUGUUGUAUAUUUAAAAUAUCAACUAUACUUAUGUGACUGUUGACAAUAUUUGAAGAUGGAAUGAUAGAGAAAAGGGUUUGGAAAUGUAUCAUACAAAAUCAAAACCUAUCGUUAGUGUUAUAAAUGAUUAUAAUUAUUAUUAUUAUAUUAUAAAUGGAAAAAAUAACUCAAUAUAUUUAAACUUAAAAUCAAGCAAAAAUCUACAUCGGAACAUAUCGCUGGAAAUGUUGAAAUAAAUUGAAAAUUAUAAAUCUAAUUUAUUUUAUGUUGUGCUAUUAAAACUUUUAAAAAAAAUGUAUAUUUUAAAUUGUGAAAUUAUGUAUCUACACUAUUUCAUAUUAAGUCGGGAAACGUGCAAUUAACUAAUUUUAACAAGAUGUAUUACAGAACACUUGACCAAGUUUCAGGUGUUCAGUAAGGCAUCCAUUACCUAUAAUAGGUUAAAAUAAUAAACUGUUUAGUAAAAAGCUGAUCGCAAAUAUAAUAAAUAGUUAAAGAACCUUUAACCAUCAUUCAUAAUAUAAAACCUGCUUAAAAGCUAAUUUAAACAAAAAAUAAAAUACCAAAAUAAAAAAUUGUGUUUUUAUUAUUAUUAUUUUUUGUACAACACACAAUGUACGCUGCCUACUAUAUUAUACGCUUGAAAAUGUCUGAUUUAGUACAAUCUUUUUUCAGUUUAAACAUUCACCAUAUUUUAUACAUAUAUAUGCUCCAAAUAUUAAUAAAAAAAUAUAUGCAUAUGUAUUAUAAGAAAUGUAUUACCUAGGGUCAAUUAAAAAUUAAACAUAAACAAAAUAAAACAAUGCGCUCCUCAAUGCAGGAUGCUUAUGUAUCAAUUAUAAUUAUAUAUUAUUAAAUAAAAAUAAAAAUGCCAUAUUAAGCAAUGAGAGUAGACUUGGUAACCUAUAAACGAAGAAUAAAUGUGAGCCUCAUAUAAAUGCCACGAAAAUUAAAAAAAAAAGAAUAUUUAAGAAUAAAAUAUAAAUUUAUUUUUAUUUUUGAUUUAAGUUUGGAAAACAUUUUAUUCUAUAUACAGUUAUUUAUGUCUGUAUAGAAAAUUGAUGUCUUUUAAAGUAUUUUUUUUUAAUUUUUCGUCAAUGAUUGUCUUGAUGUUUUAAUUCGUGGGAUAAGUGUUUUGAGCAUUUUAAAAUAUAAUCAAAUACAAUAAAUUAAAUGCUGCAAUAAAUGUUAUGUGUUGGUUAUAUUAUUAUCCUUAUAUUCUAUG